UGUUUGACUGAGAUUUAUAGGAUUGCUGUGAACCUAACUACUUUUUUAAAUGAUAUUAAUUCGGGUUUUAAAAAUCCCUUUCACCUGCAUUAUAAAAUAGAAUUUUUAUAAAAUAUAAAAGCGUCAAAGCGGUCGGAGAAUUGAUAAUUUUAGUAGCAGUGUACUGUAGUACUGGUUUUGUGAGCGUCCUACCCUGGACUCCCCUGGCGCACUUUAGCAAAAUUCCCGGUUUUAAAGAACGUGUAGUCCAAGAAGACGACGAGUCGUCGACAAAGGCAAUAAAAAAAAAAAAAAAAAAAAACGACGAAGAAAAGCGAUCGCGAUUUAUAACAUAUUUAAAUCCCGUUCGUCACACUCGCACUGGAUUUUAAGCAAAAUCCAAAAUCUAACCUCUCUCUCGAUGGAAGCAGCUUCGAGGACUUUUUGGAUCUUCGAUUCCCUGUUACUCACCUGUUUCAUGCUUGUUAUUUUCAGUAUUAUUAUUGUUGAUGCUGAAGUAUCAGAUAAUAAAACAAUUGGAAGGGGACUCAAGGCAUCUCAACCACUGUAUAACAGAAAGUGAUGCUUCUGGCACUAUUAGAACAAGUAGGGUGAAAAUGAAGGACCUGUCUGCUUCAUGGGUUCUGGAAAACCCUAUUAAUGGAGAUCUCGACAAACUAAAGGGCUCACAGGUACUUAAACUGAAAGAUUCAUACCAACCUAGCACAAGAUUUGAAGAAAAUUUUGAACAUUUUAUAGAUGAUCAUCGGUUGCAAGAAGGUGAAAUUCAAAAUCAUUGGCGGGCAUCAUGGAGCCCCGUGAAGUUCAAGCGCCAGGUAUUGCGGGAAAAAAGGAGGGAUCUCCGUACUGCAGAACUUGUUCGCCAAGAUAAAGGGGCUGACAAACAGAUGGAAGCAACAGCAGCAAUUGAGAACUUGAAAAAAAUGGACACUGUUGUAAAGGGAAAAUACAGUAUAUGGAGAAGAGAUUUUGAAAAUCCUAAUUCUGAUUCUACCUUGAAACUUAUGCGCGACCAGAUUAUUAUGGCGAAAGCUUAUGCAAACAUUGCCAAGUCUAAGAACCAAAGUAUUCUUUACAAUUCUCUUUUGAAACAUAUCAGAGAAAAUCUACGUGUUAUUGGAGAGGCUAAUUCUGAUGCUGAGCUUCAUCCUAGUUCACUUGAUCAUGCAAAAGCAAUGGGCCAUGCGCUGUCUAUAGUAAAGGAUGAACUCUAUGAUUGCCGCACGGUUGCAAGAAAGCUUCGAGCCAUGCUUCUUUCAACAGAAGAUAAUGUAGGUUCUAUGAAGAAAAGAAGCGCCUUCUUGAUUCAGCUAGCUGCAAAAACUGUCCCAAAACCACUGCAUUGCCUACCUCUGCAGCUAGCAGCAGACUACUUCAUUCAUGGAUAUCAGAACAUGAAGGAUCUUAAUAAAGAAAAGCUUGAAGAUCCUUCUCUGUACCACUAUGCUAUCUUUUCUGAUAAUGUACUGGCAACAUCUGUGGUCGUCAAUUCUACAGUGCUGCAUGCAAAUGAGCCUGAGAAACAUGUUUUCCAUAUAGUGACUGAUAAGCUGAAUUUUGCUGCAAUGAAAAUGUGGUUUAUCUUGAAUGCUCCUGAAAAAGCAACAGUCCAGGUUGAGAACAUUGAUGACUUCAAGUGGUUGAAUUCUUCUUACUGUUCUGUUUUACGUCAACUUGAAUCUGCCAGGAUUAAAGAAUAUUAUUUCAAGGCAAAUCACCCAUCCUCUCUCUCUGUUGGGUCUGACCAUCUCAAAUACAGGAAUCCAAAAUACUUAUCGAUGCUGAAUCAUCUUAGAUUCUAUCUUCCUGAAGUGUACCCAAAACUCAACAAGAUCCUAUUUUUGGAUGAUGAUAUUGUAGUUCAGAAGGAUUUGACACCUCUUUGGGACGUUGAUCUGCAAGGAAUGGUGAAUGGUGCAGUGGAGACCUGUAAGGAGAGCUUUCAUAGAUUUGAUAAGUAUCUCAACUUCACCAAUCCAAAAAUCGUAGAGAAUUUUGACCCAAAUGCUUGUGGUUGGGCAUUUGGGAUGAAUAUUUUUGAUUUGAAGGAGUGGAGAAAGCGAAACAUCACAGCAAUAUAUCAUCGUUGGCAAGAUAUGAAUGAGGACAGAACUCUUUGGAAGCUUGGCACAUUGCCGCCAGGAUUGAUCACUUUCUAUAACUUAACUUAUCCACUGGAUCGAAAAUGGCAUGUUUUAGGACUUGGGUAUGACCCAGCACUCAACCAAACUGGGAUAGAAAAUGCAGCUGUCAUCCAUUACAAUGGAAACUAUAAGCCCUGGUUGGAUCUGGCUGUCGCCAAGUACAAGUCUUACUGGUCUAAAUAUGUGAAGUUUGAUAACUAUUACCUUCAACUCUGCAACAUAAGCGAAUAACAAUUUUUUCACUUUUUCACACUCGUAAUUCUUUUAUUACGGUAAAGAAAAGAAAAGGGAAAUUUCUUUUAUGUAUUUCUGUUGCUUUGAUAGGAAUAUCAUCAUUUUCCUUUGUAAUAUUUAUUUAAUUAGCUAGAUAUGCCUUUUUUUUUUCUUUUUUCACUGAUGCCUCAAGUUCCUUCCACUUACAAAGAAUUUAGGAGUAAAGCGUAAACUAAUAGAAAGUUUGACUAUCAGGUUUUUAUUAAUAUAAUUCA